CCCCUUCUUCUAAGACAAUACUAAGGAGGAGAGAAAGAGAGAGAGGGAGAGAGGGAGUGAGGGAGAUGGAGGAAGGGGGGGGUGGAAACUCGUAAAAAGAGCAACAAAGUUUGGGAAAAUUAAACAUUAGGUAACGGACACGCACACAAGUUUGUGACACAAUCUUUGUGGGGACAUCCCGACGGACACGUAUUGUUUUGCGCCUUUAUUCUGAAAGCGCAUGAUAAGCGUUUGUCUUCACUUGCAGGACCUUUGAAUCAUGUGGGCAUGACCUUGUAGCCUUUAGCAAGGAUGUUCCGCCUCCAAGAAGCAUUUCCUUGCACUUUGCUCUCAAGCCCUAUUUGAAACAGCUGCUCACAUGCAUGCUCUCACAUGCGAACAUACACUACAUGUUAUACUGCAGUACCUGCACUCCGCAUCAUACGCUAUGACUUGUGCUAACCUUAACCACCAUCGCCAUCUCUCAACGUCAGUGAUAAUGUACUGUCAUGUAACUUCUACACUCUCCUCCCUUUCUUGUCACCCUAUAUCACUCCCUUCUUCCCUCCCUCCCUCCUUUAUAACCCCUCUUCUCUGGAGCCAUCCUCACUCUUCCUCCCUAUCUCUACUGGACUGACCUACACCCAAUUUUAUUUGGGGAAGAGCAAGCAGGAACUCUACCAGGCGGAACUAACAAUGCUUUCUGCAUAUUCAUCAGCUCAACUUAAAAAGGAUUAAAAAAGAGACAUAUCUUUGUAAUACCUUUAAAUGCACAAAGGAUUGUGCACUAAAGCUAAGAUUCUGGUUAUUGGCAUAUAAUAUAUGUUAUAAUUCAGUAUCCAUAAAUAGAGAUUUGAAGGCCAUGAGAGUGAAGGAGAGGGAGAGAUAGCAGUAGACAAAAGAAAAGUUUAAUAGAAACAGUAACAUUGCUUAAGCAAUUAAUAUUUCAUUAUUCAUUUGCAAACUAGUUGUAAGUAUCAAUACUCUCUUAUUUACAAUUGUGUAUUGAUGUGAAAACACUUGUAUAUACAUUUAUAUCUUUUUUCUUUUCAGCAGUUAUUACUAUAAUCUUUUUAUCUAAAUCAGUAAUAAUCCAUGUAGUCCAUUAUUCUACCAAACAGAUAAACAAGCGAAUAGUCUUUCUAAUAUUCAUAAUAGGAAAAUCAGAUCGAUCCCUGGAGAGAUUUUGUUUCGUGCAGCCUAAUAUAUGGACAGAACUGGACAAUGGAAUGAAUGAUAUGAGGGGAUCAUCCCCAAGUGAGCAACAGAAAGAUAAGCUCGGACAGACAGACAGAGGGACAGACACGUGCAGGUCACCUGACACCAAGAACCGAUAGACGGCAGCCAGGCAGCCUGCCUCACACAAAGACCUGCACACACAAGAGACGGACAGACAGACAGUCUGAUGCCAACUGUCUCUACUGUGAAUCUCACGGGACAACUCCUCCUCCUGCUGUUGCUAUGGGCAACCCACCCUACCGUGGCAACCAACUGGCUGUCGCUGGCCAGGAUGCCACGCUCGCGCCCCGUGUCGGGUGCCGCCCCCUGCGGCCGGCUCCGGGGGCUGUCCGUGGGGCAGGUGGGGGUGUGCAGGGCCAGGGGCGAGGUCAUGGAGUCGGUACGCAGGGCAGCCGAAAUGGUGAUAGAAGAGUGCCAGCACCAGUUCCGUAAUCGCAGGUGGAACUGCUCCACGACGGCCCGUGGAGUCAACGUGUUCGGGAGAGUCAUGACCCAGGGUACGCGGGAGGCCGCUUUUGUGCACGCCCUGUCCUCAGCUGCCGUGGCCGUCGCCGUGACGAGGGGUUGCAGUCGUGGGGAGCUGGAGAGGUGCGGCUGUGACCGGAAGGUCAGGGGUGUCAGUCCCGAGGGUUUCCAGUGGUCCGGCUGCUCAGACAACCUGUCCUACGGGGUGGCCUUUUCCCAAACAUUCGUGGACGAACCGGAGCGUGCCAAGGGGCUGUCGCUAGGGCGACCACUCAUGAACAUCCACAACAACGAGGCUGGGAGGAAGGCCAUCCUCCACAACAUGCAGGUGGAGUGUAAAUGCCACGGGGUCUCCGGCUCCUGUGAGCUGAGGACCUGCUGGAAGGUGAUGCCGCCGUUCCGCCGCGUGGGGGCGGUGCUGAAGGAGCGCUUCGACGGGGCCACCGAGGUGCGCCUCUCCCGAGUGGGCUCCAGGACAGCCCUGCUCCCCCGCGACCCCCUGGUGAAGCCCCCGGCGGCCCGGGACCUGGUGUACCUCGCCGCCUCCCCGGACUUCUGCCGCCUCGACCCCGACAACGGGAUCCCUGGCACCGCCGGCCGUCGCUGCAACGGCACCUCCCGACUGGCGCCGGACGGGUGCGAGCUGGUGUGCUGCGGGCCCGGGUUUCGGGCGGGCCGGGCGGAGGUGGUGCAGCGCUGCUCCUGCAAGUUCUCCUGGUGCUGCUCAGUCCGCUGCCAACAGUGCAAGAACACUGUACUAAUCCACACCUGUAAAGAAUGAGAGAAGCUGGGGGGGGGGGGGCUCACACAGUGUAUACUCACUAACCAGCCAGUACAGACACCACGACUGUACAACGACACAACCACAAUGACUGCUCAUAGCGUUACCGCAGCACUGAGAUAGCAUCCCAUACUGAAUAUACCACGGCAGUGCUCUGGAAAUGACUCAGACGAGCAGUAGCGCGGACACAUUAUGUAAACUCCUCCUGUCGACUAUUUCUCUGAGCAAAAAGUGCAUUGUACGAUAUAGAUGCGUGUUUCGUGGCACAGUGACAGACUAGACUAGAUUGGAUGAGUCAGUUGAACAAUUGGACUUCACUGACCAUAGUUAUCUGUGACUAAUCAGCAGCAAUGGAGAGCUUAUUCACCCAAAGACUUCUGGGAAGCGUAAUUAUGCAAUACGAGGAGAGUAAAAAUAGUAUUAGAACAAGCCUGUGUUUUCUACUAUGCAGACUGACUGCACACAUACUUAUACUCUGGACAGAGGCUUCAUACAUUACUGCAACAUGCACGCACACACACACACACACACACACACACACAGCGUGCCCUACGUUACAACUAAUUCACAAAGCGACAACGCUUUUAAAGCCGACUUUAGCAAAAAUAACAAAAGGUAACAAAUAUUGUAUUGAGUAACACUAUGCAUCUUCAUAUGGCGGUACUCCAAGUUAGGCUAUAGCUACCUCUUUACAUGUCCUUAUAUUCACUGUAUUUAUAUUGAUCUGUCUGUAACUGUUGUCUCUAUUUAUUUGUACAUCACUCUCCCACCGUAUCUAUCCACCUACACAAAUGUGAUUUGUCAUUCUGCCCCUGUGCCUCCCAGUAACACCACCCACCCUGCUCCCCCUUCCCACAAUACCCUGCCUCUCCAUCCUCUAUCUGUGACUCUGGUGUCUCUGUGUCUGUGCUCAUCGCCAGUUUGGUUUCUAUCGUGUGCUGCUCCAUUCCUGGCAUUUUAUAGUUGACCAAUAAACAAUUUCCCCUAUAUCAGUGUGUGACUGAAUAAUGUAGUGUUAUGCAUAUGUAUUUAACUGAUUAUGCCUUAAAUAGUGAUGUUUGCAUUUAGUUGAUGCACACCAAUAUUCAAAUGAAUGCCUGUUGAAAUGAACAAUCCCCAUUUCUUGUCAGUUAAACCAUUUUUAUUACAAACAUUAUGUGAUUACAAACACCCAGAAAUUCUCUAAGAAAAGAUCCUUAUUAUUAUUAUUAUUAUUAUUAUUAUUAUUAUUAGUUAUUUCAAAUAACUAAUCAUUAGACUGUGAAUGACUCACCACCAAAAUGUUAUUCUAACACAUACCAGCAAAGAAAA